AUGGGUUUCAAUGUUAAAACUAAUAGCUAUAACUAUGGAAAUGCAGGCUUGGAUCCUCAAUUGGCAGCUGAAAAAGCUGUCAGUGUUAUCGGUCAAGGAUAUGAUCUACGCAACGAUAUCAAAUUUUCUGCUUGCAAGUCAAAGAGGUUGAUCCAAAUUCCAAAUAGUAGUUCACACACAAGAGACCUUGUGUUUCCUUCUGGUGUUGUUGUCCCAAAUGUUCCUUUGUCUAUCAAGUCUGAUAAAGGAGAUUGCACGAGGUUUCGUUCUGAUGUACUUACUUUCAAUCAGAUGUCUGAGCAUUUCAACCGACAACUAUCUUUGUCGGGAAAGAUUCCGUCUGGCCAAUUCAACAAAAUGCUUGACAUGAGAAAAUGUUGGUCUAGGGAUGCAGCUUCAACUAAAAGCAUUGCGUUAGAUGGAUGGUUCAUAACGUUGUAUACCGUUGAAUUAGAUAGAACUAAUAUUUCUCUCUCUGAAAAUGUGAAAAACGAAGUGCCGUCUUCGUGGAACCCGGCUGCUCUUGCUGAGUUCAUUGAAAACUAUGGUACUCAUGUAGUUGUUGGGGUAAAGAUGGGAGGCAAGGAUGUGGUUCAUAUCAAGCAGUCGAAAAAUUCAGAUGUUCAGCCAACGGAACUGCAGAAAUUGCUUAAGCAAUUAGCUGAUGAGAGAUUUUCUGCGGAUUCAAGUCAAAGUUCUAAUGUCAAUUCUGCAGCAAUAUCAGGAAAAAUAUGGGAUGAUCAUGCGAAGCUUAGGGGACAGAACAGGCACAAACCUCCAUUGCUUGUUGGCAGGCCAGUUGUAAAAAGUCACUCCAAGAAUGACGAUAUAGUAAGCAUUUCGGUUCGAAGAGGAGGUACCGAUAUAGGUCAACCUUAUAACCAGUGGCUCUCAACCAUAUCACAAUCUCCUAACGUCAUAUCAAUGUCUUUGGUGCCUAUUACUUCACUACUGAAUUCUGUUCCAGGAAAUGGAUUUUUAAGUCAUGCAGUGAAUUUGUAUCUUAGAUAUAAACCUCCAAUCGAAGAACUUCAUCAAUUUCUCGAGUUUCAGUUGCCACGACAGUGGGCACCAAUGUAUGGUGAUUUGCCUCUUGUAUUCGAUCAUAAAUAUAAAAGGAAUGCAUCACCAUCGCUUCAGUUCACUCUCAUGGGACCCAAACUUUAUGUUAAUACAGUGAAGGUUGAGUCUGGAAAUCGGCCUGUAACAGGUAUUCGAUUGUACUUAGAAGGAAAGAAAAAUGACCACCUAUCAAUCCAUCUCCAGCAUCUUUCAGAGGUUCCAGGUGUCCUUGAAAUUUCAGAAGAUAACAGUUAUGACCCUGUCGACAAACCAGACGACCGAGGCUACUACGAACCAGUGAAGUGGAGCAUGUUUUCUCAUGUCUACACAGCGCCUGUACAAUACAAUAGCUCAACAAUGGAUGAGUCCACAGCUAUUGUGACAAAGGCUUGGUUCGAGGUUAAGCUAAUGGGAAUGAAGAAAGUUCUUUUCUUAAGGCUUGGAUUCUCAACAGUAGCUACAGCGAAAAUUCGCAGAUCAGAAUGGGAUGGACCUUCAACCUCAUCUAGAAAGUCGGGAUUUUUCUCAGCAUUGAUGAGUUCAAAGCUUAGCAAAGAGUUGCAGUCACCAGAGAAACAGACUAAAGUUGACAUAAACUCGGCAAUUUAUAAUGCUGGUCCGCCUGUUCCUACAAGGACUCCCAAAAUGCUUAGCUUUGUGGACACAAAGGAAAAGGUAAGAGGUCCAGAGGAUCCACCUGGAUAUUGGGUUGUCACUGGUGCAAAGCUAUGUGUAGAAGAUCACAGAAUCUCAAUCAAGGCAAAAUAUUCAUUGUUGACUAUAUUGUCCGAAGAAUCUAUAAUGUAG